GCUGGCUGAAGCAAUAUGCACGCACGACACCACAAAUUGCACAGAACAACACCUCUGCCGCCAACAACACCGACCGAACAUCAUGGAGCGUGCCGUGUUGGAUGUGAGCGAGCCAGCGAUCCAGGAGCUGGUGCAGCAGGCUGAAGUUGCUGCGCGGGACGAGAGCAUCGCGUGCACGCCGUCAGAUAGCCUGUUCCUUCAAGCGAAUGGAAGAGUGGAUGAGCGCAACACUGCGCAGGCGUUUCACAACGCCGUUCUCGCAGACCGAUUCAUCAUCACAGACUACAUCCAGAGCGGCCAGUUUGGGCGAGGCUGGAGAGCGAAGGAUCGGGCACACCCGGAGAGUCCGGAGGUGUUCAUCAAGACCAUUCGCUCCCAGAGCGACCGCUUGGGAAGUGGUGCUGCCAUUAACCACCAGACACACGAGCGCUUGGCAAGAAAGGAGAUUGAGGUCUUUCUUGAGCGUGGAUUUGGUCGCUUGGGAGCGCACCCAAACAUCGUGACAACUGUCCUGUGCUACGGCUCUGUGGCCGUGCCCAGCAACGGCGCUACGGGCAACGCCUUCUUCUUCCUCUCCCCAGACCUGUGCAAUGGCGGCGAGCUCUUCGAGUACCUCUGCUUCCAGCGACGCGAGCCGCCGUUUGUUCGCAACUUUGAAGAAAAAACCGCCCGCCGCCUCUUCUCCCAGCUCGUCGCAGGUGUUCAGCACCUGCACCACAGCGGCCUUUUCCACCGCGAUCUCAAGCUCGAGAACCUCGUCCUCGACUCGAGAUUCGUCCUCAAAAUCACAGAUUUUGGGACAGCCAAAUGGGCACACGAGUGUCCGACAGUGACAGAUGCAGCAGGACAGCAGCACGUCGUUGCUCGCACCGUCACAGGCACCCUCGCCUUCCACCCGCCGGAACUGCGCCGCAGCGGUGCAUUCUACCAGCCAGACAAGUUCGACGUGUGGUGCUGCGGGGCGAUUCUGUUCUUCCUCGUUGCGAUGGAGACGAUGGUGCGGCGGCGCAUCAACUUCAACGUGUUCCAGCUCAUCAAGCAACGCGCACAGGGCUACGGCGACCUCCUCAAGUCUGAACCUCGUGGUCCCGACGGUGUGCCCCAAAACGUUCGGUUUUGGGUGACGUUUCAGGAAGUGGCACAGAGCAUUACGCCACAACUGCAGCACCUCCUCAACUCCAUCUUUGACAUCAACGUCCCCAAACGCGCUUCCAUCGAUGCUGUUGCUGCGCACGGGUGGUUGCAGGGCGAGAUGGCCACAGAUGAGGAGUACUUCCAGGACAUGCAGAGCCGUCCAACCACGGCCACGGGACGCGACCGGGUGCUGGACCUGCCGGAACAUCUGCACGGCGACACCGCACAGGCCCUCGACGCCGUUGAGCAAUACCUUGAGCGCACGCUUGACCUGGUGCUGCCAGACAACGACGAGAAGUCCCUGCUCCGCGAUGGCGCCACGUUUCUCCUGGGCACCCCAAACCUCUUUUCCGUGGAGUUUACAGGCACCGCCCUCAGAUGCGUGUGGCUUCGCGGGUCGCUGGAGGACUGGCUGGGCUUCGUGUUCGAGCUCAAAGCCCAGCUGCAGCUGUUGUAGUCUGCUCCUUGCUGAGCAGUGAUGUGACUGUCUUUGGCGAAUUGAUUCCUCUUGCCUCGCAGUCGUGUUACGUUACAUUGCAUUGCACCACUUGUGUCUCCAUUGCCAGCCGCCACCAAUGCUGCGCAUCCCUCGGCCUCACUCAGGCAUCGAACAUUCUGCGAUUUCAUGCGUCGCCUUUUUGUUGUUGUCCCUUGAUGACAUCAUGCGAGCCCCGAAUGUAGCCACCCGUUCAGUCACGAUAAAUUGUCA